UUGGGGCAGAUGAACAGCCACCAGGCAGGAGCAGCAAAUCUGUUCAGCGACUAUGGAGCAACAGGACAAAGACCAGACUGGAGACAUGUGCAAGUUUGUGCAACACAAAGUCAUGACAAAGAUGUUCGACUAUUAAAAGGGGAAGCGAGGAAGAUUUGAGGAGGAGAGGACGGUGCCACCUGUAAACCUCCUGAAACGGCUUUUUAUGGAGGAUGAAAUCCCUCUUCAAGUGAUUCACUUUGCAGUAAUACCACGGCAAAUAUCCCUUUAAAAGACAGCGGUGUUAACAAAUGCCAAACAGACCUGAGCUCAUACCUCCCCUCUGUCCAGCAACAGAACUUUAAUGGUUGGAACUGCCCGCCCCAACCUGCACUACUGCCCUCGCAGACAUAGCCUGAUGAUCACUGGUGCCAUGGGAGCGGUGCGAGUCAACAGAUACAGCAUUGUUUCCACAGAUGAAGAUGCCCUUAAGAUCUCCACCUUGGGCCUCCAUAACGGCCACAGUCCUCUGACUCAGCAAACACUGUCGGGGGUCUGUAUGCAAGGUGAGGAAGGAGAAGGAGGAGGAGGAGGAGGAGGAGGAGAAGGAGCAUGUCCAGGAAGUGAUGAAAGAAGAGGGGCUUUGUCUCUCAGGGUAACAAAUGAGCCUAUUGUCCACAACAGCUGCCGUGCUUCACCUUCAUGCCAUCUGGGCCUUGAUCUAAGCACCAGUCGCCUGCGCAGCCGCUUUGUGAAGAAGAAUGGCCAGUGCAAUGUAAUGUUCAACAAUAUGGAGGAUAAACCACGGCGAUACUUAGCUGAUAUUUUUACCACCUGUGUGGACAUACGCUGGCGCUAUUUGCUACUCAUCUUCACCACCACCUUCCUUCUGUCUUGGUUGCUGUUUGGCCUGAUCUUCUGGGGAGUGGCGCUUGCACACGGAGACUUUGCCCUCCGCAUCCCUGUGAAGAAUGAGGAUCCCCGCAAUACUGUGGAGGAAGGAAAAGACGAGUGGCGGCCAUGCAUUCUCCAUAUCCAGGGAUUCAUUGGAGCGUUCCUUUUCUCCAUAGAGACCCAGACCACCAUUGGAUAUGGUUUCAGGUGUGUCACUGAAGAGUGUCCAAUUGCUGUGGUGACUGUGGUGGUGCAGUCCAUUGUUGGCUGCAUUAUAGAUGCCUUCAUGAUUGGCACCAUCAUGGCAAAGAUGGUGCGGCCCAAGAAGCGGGCACAGACCCUGCUGUUCUCACACCAUGCUGUCAUUGCACUGCGAGACGGUAAACUGUGCCUCAUGUGGCGUCUGGGAAACAUGCGCAAGAGCCACAUCGUAGAAGCACAUGUGCGCGCUCAGCUCAUUAAGCCGCACGUGACGACUGAGGGUGAGUACCUUCCUUUGGAACAAACAGACAUUGACGUUGGCUAUGAUGACGGGACGGAUCGACUGUUUUUGGUGUCCCCACUGGUGGUGGUCCACGAGAUCAACAAGAACAGUCCUCUGUAUGAUCUGAGCAGCACCAACCUCCCGAAACAGGAUUUUGAGAUUGUGGUCAUCCUUGAAGGCAUGGUGGAGGCCACAGCUAUGACCACUCAGGCCCGCACCUCCUACUUAGCCAAGGAGAUUCUGUGGGGCCACCGCUUUGAGCCUGUGGUCUUUGAGAAGGGUGACCGCUACCAUGUGGACUAUUCCCGCUUCCAUAAGACCUAUGAAGUGCCAUCUACACCUCACUGCAGUGCCAGGGAACUGAGCCAGAUGAUGGGCCGAUGCCGACGAUCUUCAUCGUCCAGCUCGAGUUACUCCAGGUCUCCAACACCAUUUUCCCCGAGGGCAGCUCGUCACCUGCUGGGUCCUCACUCUCCCAGUGCUUUCUGUUAUGAGAACGAGGUAGCUUUGUGCUGCGGGGAUGAUGAGGUUGAGGAGGAUGUUAAGCAGGAGGCAGGGAGCCUGAACAUAAGAAGUGACAGAGAUGUAACGAUGCGAGAUGACAUUCACUUGGGUUUCAAGGAGACGUUUGUGAAAGAGCAGACAGUGGAGAUGCUCUGUGUUCUGGACACAGAGAAUCAAAUCGGUCUUGACAGACUACAGCCCACCCUGCCUUUAUACAUCAGCAGAGAGUCGGGAGUUUAAUCGAUGGUAAUGGCCCGGACCUUCAAUUUGUUUCCUCUCUUUGUCUGUGUGCAUCCAACCAAAGUAUUGAACUGGUGUAAAAUAAAAGGAGGACACAAUUUAAACUGUACAUCCAGGAAAGGAGAAGGAUCCAUUUUACAGCUGUUACAAAUGUGUAACUUGCUCUGGUUUCAGGGAUUGUACAGUUUCCUUUGUAACAUCAGUAUGUAUGACACACACACUUCAACUGUUAAACAUAGUGAACAGGUAUUUCUCUCAAAUAAGCUUCUCUCAAAAGGUUUUGUGGAUUUUUUUGUUUUAUUAAAUAUGACCUCUGUAUGAGCUAUAGUCAAGAUACUUGUUUUUUUGUAAAUAUGAUAUGCUACUGUUAAUAUGCUAAGUCAAAAUGAUCUUGCAUGUAUAUAUAUAUAUAUAUGUAUAUGUAUAUGUAUAUAUACAUAUAUCUUUACAUAUAUUUACUUUGAAGGACGCAUGAUUCACAUACUCUACUUUAACAUGCACAUUUCUUCUGCAAAACAUGAUUUAUUCUCAGAUACUUCUGUCUUCCAGCCUUAGUUCUGUAACUUUUCACAUUUUAUAAAUUGAACUAUUUUCUUUUACGUCAUUGAUCGCAGUUUAUUCUACAACAGAAACACUAAGAAAUGAAAUCCUAAGCAAUGGAAAACAGCGUCAAACAUGUACAGAUUAAAAAAAAAAAGAAAUGCACUUUAUUCUCACUUUUAUCAGUAGAUGAAACACUUUGCGACAGUGCGUUGUUUUGUGUGGACA